GCCCUUUCUUCUGCCCAUCCCACAGUCACCCACCCCAUCUGCCCGACAAACGCGGCCCCGAUCGCUCCCGUUAGCUCUUGCUUUGGAUCUCGCCCUGACCAUCUCGCUCCACCCCACACCCACGUUGUUCUUCCUUUACCCUUCCUUCUCACUCCCUUCUCACUCCUUCCAAUCCACCACCAACUCUCCUUCAACACCCUCCUCCCCCUCCUCAUCCACCCCUCGGGCGGCAUUCACUCUCGCCUACCUCCAUUCGCUCCCUCCUGCCUCCCUCGUCCACCGCAGCACCGUCCCUGAACCAACCACUCCCCUCAAAGUGGCGAACGAUCAGACCCGCGCGUUUGAUCGCGGCAGCUACAGCAAGAUGUCGGACAUCGAGAAGAUGAUCGGCGGUGACUACGCCCAGCUCACCAACACCAACAUCCGCAGCUUUGGCUGGAAGGGCGUCACCGUCACCGUCAAGGAUCGCCAGACCCGACGCCCCAAGACCAUCCUCAAUGACAUCAAUGGCAUCGUCAAGGCCGGCGAACUCCUCGCCCUCAUGGGUCCUUCCGGUUCCGGCAAAUCCACCCUCCUCAACGUCCUCGCCCACCGCACUUCUGCCCUCAAUGCCUCCGUCAAGGCUGCCAUCUACAUCAACGGCUCCCCCGCCAACCCCAAGACCUUCCGACGCGUCUCCGCCUACGUCGAGCAGGAGGACGCCCUUGUCGGCGCUCUGACCGUCCGCGAGACCCUCAACUUCGCCGCCCGCCUCGCCCUUCCAUCCUCCGUUAGCAAGCUCGAGAGAAUCCAGCGCAUCGAGGCCCUCUUGACCGCCUUUGGUCUUUCCGGCCAGGCAAACAAUCUGAUUGGUACUCCCAUCAGAAAAGGCAUCUCUGGCGGUCAAAAGCGUCGUGUCAGUGUCGCUUCCCAGCUCAUCACCAGCCCCAAGCUGCUCUUCUUGGACGAGCCCACGUCUGGUCUCGACUCGGCCGCCUCGUUUGAGGUCAUCUCAUUCGUCAAGGACAUUGCCAAAAGGCACAACUUGAUCGUCGUGGCUUCCAUCCAUCAACCGUCUACCUCCACGUUUGCAAUGUUCGACAAAUUGUUGUUGCUCUCGCAGGGUGGCACGGCAUACAGCGGGCCUGUGUCGGAAGUGCAACCCUACUUCGAUGCGUGUGGCUUUCCCAUCCCGCUGUACAUGAACCCCGCCGAGUUCAUCAUCGACUUCGUCAACACCGAUUUCGCACGUGACCGCAGUGAGGUCGACCAGCAGCUAAACAUGGUGCACUCGUCGUGGCAUAAGUCGCGACUGGCGACUGCAACAGUGGCCGAGCUGACCGACGAGAUGGCGCGCAACUCGAUGGACAACGAAGUCAACCCCGCGAUCAAGGAUGAGUCGGCCGGCCGCUUCGCCAUUCCCCUCGCCCUCGUGCAUCGGUCAUUCAUCAAAUCCUACCGCGAUAUCAUCGCGUACGGCAUUCGCAUCGCCAUGUACAUGGGCCUGGCCAUCAUGAUGGGCACCGUCUGGCUGCGUCUGCAACCCGAUCAAAACAACAUUCAGUCCUUCAUCAACGCCAUCUUCUUUGGUGGUGCUUUCAUGUCGUUCAUGGCCGUCGCCUACAUCCCCGCUUUCCUCGAGGACCGCGCCCUCUUCAUCAAGGAGCGAGCCAACGGCUUGUACGGGCCUACGUCGUUCCUGGUCGCCAACUUCUUGACCGGCAUUCCCUACCUCUUCCUCAUCACCGUCCUCUUCUCCGUCGUCGCCUACUGGCUGUCCAACUUCCGACCCGCUGCCGAAGCCUUUUUCACCUGGAUCAUGUGGCUCUUCCUCGACCUGCUCGCCGCCGAAUCCCUUGUGGUGCUCAUCAGUUCGGUUGUGCCCAUUUUCGUGGUGGCAUUGGCUGCGACUGCCUUUGCCAACGGCCUGUGGAUGUGCACCGGUGGCUUCCUCGUGCCGCCGCACACCCUCAACCCCUUCUGGCGAUACGUCUUCCAUUACAUCGACUACCAGUCCUACGUUUUCCAAGGAAUGAUGGUGAACGAGUUCGGCCACCGAAACUACACGUGUGCACCCGCCGAUACUCCGGCGGGCUGUACGUGCCUGUACACGACCGACUUGGCGGACCAGUGCCUCAUCGACGGCACAGCGGUGCUCAAGACUUACGGCUACUCCGUUGGAGGGACGGGCAAGUGGGUGGGCAUCAUGCUUGGCAUCAUUGUCGGAUACCGACUCCUCGGCUGGCUGGUGUUGCACUUCCGGAAGAACUAGGCGAGCCCGGAUUGUUCACGCUCCGUUUCAUUCGACACGCGAAGAUCACUGGUAUGUUGACAGAUGGGAUAGCGAAGAAAAGUGGGAGGGUUAUUGGGGGGAGUCUGCGGCGAACAUUGGCGCAAGUCUGGCUGAUUCCGAUGGAUGGAUGGAGGGAGUCAUGCAGCAUAGACUCCGUGUGAUAUGAAUGAUGAGCAGGUACCCGUUUUGUCGUCUGUAGUUGAAUAGAUGU